GGUUUCAGUUUCCGUUUUGCGUCUGACCUUCCCAUCUCUAGGAGAGAGCGUUAAAGCCUGCUUCUCUUCGGAAUCAAACGGGUUCUGCAUCAUACAGCAAAGCUUACAGAGGUCCAAGAACAGGAUGACUUCAGAUGUUUCCAGUAUGGAAGCUGACAGAGCAUUAAGAACAAAACUUCACCAGCUGGAAUGUCACUUCACAUGGGCCCUGAUAAAAGAUGACAUUGAUAUCAACGAUCUUCUCAAUAGGCUUGAAGAGCAGAUUAAUUUGGACCUCGAAAAGAAAGAAAGACUUGCUCGAACAUACAGUGCAUUGGCAUACGUCCAGUACCUUCUGGGGUUUCACGAGAAAGCACAUCAGAGCCUUAUGACAUCCAAGAAGCUCCACAUUGAAAGCCAUGGGGAUGAAUUUUACAGAACUCUCAUUGUCACUUAUGGAAACCUUGCCUGGUUAAACUACCACAUGAAGAACUACACAGAGUGUGAAAGUUACCUAAAUAGUCUUCAGAGGAUAAACGAAACAUCUCCUGCUGAGUUUUCAUCGAUUCCAGAGGUGCUUGGUGAGAAGGGAUGGACUUUCCUUAAAUUCUCACGCAAAUAUUAUGACGGAGCCAAAGAGUGUUUCAGGAAGGCUGUAGAAUUGGAACCAGAAGAACCUGAGUGGCACACUGGUUAUGCCAUUGCUCUGUACCGUACUGAAUUUGAGAGUACGGUUUUAGAAGAUUCAGCUACAGUCAAGCAGCUAAGACUGGCCAUUGAGAUGAAUCCAGAUGAUGACGUUCUCAAGGUUCUCUUAAGCUUGCGACUGAUUGUUUACAAGAGGUACGGGGAGGCUGAAAGCUGGGUAGAAAAGGCUUUAGAAAAAUCACCAGAUCACCCACAUGUCAUGCGAUAUGUUGGGAAAUUCUUUAGGAACAAAGGGUGUGUUGAUAGGUCAAUUGAUCUGUUGAAGAGAGCACUUGAACGUUCACCCAAUUCAAGUUUCAUACAUCAUCAGCUUGCUCUUUGCUACAAGUACAAGAAAAUCCAAGUUCUGCAAGAACAAAGUCACCAUGCCCGAGGAUCAAGAGUUCAACAGCUUCGUGAUCAGUGCAUAUUUCAUUUAGAAAAGGCCACCAGCCUGACAACCUCCUUUAUUUCUGCAAUGAGCGAUCUAGCACUACAGUAUGGAGAGAAUGGUGACAUACCUCGGGCAGAGGAGCUGUUUCAGGUCACUUUCAAAAUUGCAAAAGAGAAAAAUGACGGUUUACAUGUGGUCAACUACUAUUAUGCUGAAUACCAGUUGUACUGCCACAGAUGUGAGCCAUUAGCUGUCCAACACUACAUGGAAUGUCUGAAGAUGUGCCCAAAAUCUGUUGAAGGCAGGAUAAGUUCCACUAGAAUGAAGAAGACUGCUGAGAAAUGGAUUGACAGAAAAUCGCAGGAAGGGAAAGCUUAUGGUAUGCUAGCAUUUCUUCAUAAGGUAAAAGGAGAGAUAGCUCAAGCCAUUGAGUGCUAUGAGAAAGCCUUGAGUUAUGAAGACAAUAAUGAGUUCCUCAGAAACCUCAGGGAACUCAGACUGUCUUUACUGUAAAGUCAUAACAAAUUAUUGCUUUCACAAUCUGAUGUACAGUAUUCAGUAUGCAUUUGUGCAUCACUGGCACUUUAUGGUUAUCUACUUUUUGACACUUUAUGACUUGCUGAUUAUUUUCUAUUUAUUCUGUGUUAAUUUAAAGGUAGUUCAACACAAAAAAAUUAAGAGUUUGUCUCUUAACAACUGUCUCCAUCCAUUUAUUUUUUCUUUCUUCUGUUCAACACAAAAGAUAUUUUGAACAAUGUUAUUAACCAUACAGUUUACAGUCAGGCAAAGCAGAAUAUUGCUGUUUUUCUUUCUGUCAGUGAAAUAUUCCUUUAAAUAAUCUGUUACUUUAUCAAAAAGCACUACAUUAAACACCGAAAUCUAAGAAGCUGAAAUAAAAAUGUAAAUGUA